AUGAACGGACAAACGCCGACGCUCGACCGCAACGCUCCUCUGCGUAUCUUACGCCCUACGGUGACGGCCAGCCGAAUAUUUCUUUCGUUUCACUUUUUUGUUGUCCUAGUUCACUUGUCGCGAAAUACUACGUUUUACAACUUUCCUAUCAACUACUGUGUUAAUUCCAGUCGGGUCCUAUAGGCUUCAAUUUUUAUUCAAUUUUACGUCUUUCGUUUUUUAAAAAGUACGGCUGAGCAAAUAGCAAUCUAAAAAAACGGCUUUCGACUUGUCACGAAGGUAAAAUAGACAAGCAAGUUAUGAAUAAAUAGUAAUUUAAAAUUAACUGUUGAGGGUUAUUUUAUAUAUAAUGAUAUCCAUACGUUUGAAAAAUUAGAAGAGAGACUGAAAUUGAAAAACAUCAGAAAAUUGGGAACGUGGAAUCGAAAAAAAUCUCAAAUCUUGAAAAACCGAGCGCGACACGAAAUUUGAAAAAUUUUUUUAAUUGCCACAGAAUUUCAUUCAAUUAAAAAGCCUUUUUAGAAUAUAUGAACGUGUGAGAAUAGCGAUAUAACGUGAAAAAAAGUAUAAAAGAAAAGAAAAUUUAUUUCAAUUUACAAUUUUUUGAUAAUUUUUUAAAUUGCAUCGAGUGCGCUCCGUUGCUGAUUUUUCGUUCUGUAGAGUGUUCAGUUUUCUUUGCAUUUUUUCGAGUUUCUUGCCGUUUUUCUUGUCUUUCAAUUUUCUUUGGUUUUGGGAGUGGUUAAAAAACUUUUUCAGCGGGUUUUUACCACUGCUGGAUGGCGAAUCCAUCCGGCAACGUGCCACCAAACUACGGUUACCCGCAGUAUUCGCAAUAUAAUUCGGCGCCGAAUCCUGCGGCUCCAGGAAACAACGGGUGAUUUUUAUAUUUUUACUACUGAAUGAAGAGAUAGUUUUUCAGGUUCCCACAGCAGCCACCCGUGGGACAAUUCCCAUACAGCGCUCCGGCGAAUCCGCAGUUUGUCCAACCAUUGCCGGUUUGUUUUUCUUCUUUUUUUCAUCUUUAUUUUGGUAUAAAAAUAUCGAAUUUGUGUUUAUCAAGGUGAAACCGUCUCCGAAUGUUGUUCAGCCGCAGUUUAGUGGGCCGCCGCAGCCAUAUGCUCAACCUCAGCAACAACAAAUGCCAAAUGGGGUUUGUUAAUUUUUUUGGAUGUUUUUUUAAUUGCAAUUUUGUUGUUUCUAUCUAAUGUAAAUUUAACGCUGGCGAACAUUUUUUUUUGUUUUUGGAAAAAUUGGAGAAAUUAAAGAAACAUGGGUUUCAAAAAAAUGAUGAUAUUUCAAGUUUGGCUAGUUUUUUUCAUUAAUUUUUUUUGACAAAAUUUUUGUGUUGAAUUGAGUUUUCUUUUUCGAAGUUCUCAUAAAGUAUUGAAAUAACUGAUUUUCGAUUGCGAAAAAUAACUUCUGUUUGAAAUAUGCUGAAUGAAUGGUUUCGUGAGAAAGGUCAAAAAUCCUAAAAAGUUGUCGAUUUUUUUCAAGUUUUUUUAGAUGUUUUUAUUUUUUUGAAAGUUCCAUAUACUCCAAAAAGAAAAAUAAAAGGAGAAUGAUGAUUUUUUUUUUGGUGGUAUGAAAAAAACACCAGCGAAAAUUCAAACGGCGACUUUUCCGAUUUUUUCAUAUCGCUAGGGAACUUUCCGACGAAUCUUUUUCUGACUUUUUUUCUCGAUAAAAUCUUCGUUUUAAAUCUUCCUAUAUAAAUUAGGUAGUUGGUUCAUGAUUAAAACACGAAGACAUAGGAAAAAAAAAAUGUUAAUAGAUGUCUUAUAAACCGAAAAAAAUAUAAAGGAAAAAAAGUCGGAAAAAAAGUUUCGUCGGAAAGUUCCCUAGCGAUAUGAAAAAAAUUGGAAAAAGUCGCCGUUUGAAUUUUCGCUGGUGUUCUUUUCAUACCACCUUUUUCGAUGUUUGAGGUUUUUCUUGUAUUUCACGACUUUCCUUUUUAUUAAAAACAAAAAGUUUUUUUCUUCUCAAAAUAUUAUUUUAAGUCAAUCUCAAACUUUUUUUCAUUGAAUUUUACUCAUUUUCAGUUCACGGCUCGACCAUUCAACCCAACGCCGACGACUCCAGUGACGUCGGGACCUCCUGGAGCCCCUAUUCCGAAUAUGAUGCCCCCUCGGGCGAACCCGACGUCUUCUGGAUCGGCCUUCGGGCCUCCGACGUCUUCUCAACCUAUCGGAUUCAGCCAGCCGCCGUCUUUCGGCGCCCCACAGGCGUUUGCUCCAUCUUAUGCUCCUCCAACGGCUCCUCUUCCAGCUCCGACGUCUUCUUUAUCUUCUGUUAGUUUUUAUUUUAUUUUUCUUUGAUCGAGUUUUUAACAUGACAACUUUUCAUAUUUUAUAAAGAUUGAAGACUUAAAAAAAUGAGUUAUAUAUAUUUUUUUUAUAAACUUCAAAUAGACAUAGACACAUUACAUGAAGAGGCCAACAGCCAUUUUUAAGUAUUUUUCCUUGAAGUUGUUUAUCAAAUGUUGUUUUCAAGGUUUUAGAACAGCAUGGACAACUUUUCAAAGCGGUUUUGAGAGAAAUGAUUUAGUUUUUCGUGUUAUUUUAAGUCAUGUGAAUCUUCUGCUACUGGAAAAUUUUUUAGUGUCCACUAUAGGGUUUUGACGUUCGAGUGGGUGCUAUAGUAGUCAAAUUAGUGGCAACUAUAGAGGUCGAAGUGCUACUGCUAGACCAUUAAAAAUGUUUAGUGGCCACUUUAGGGGCCAAUGGAUCAACAUAACUGGUCCAAUCUGUUUGUUUUAAAAUUAUCAGAGUUACUGAAAGGAAUGCUGGAUGAAUAACUACUGCAGUGGUCACUAAAUAGAAAACCUCUACAGCGGCCACUAAAACGAAAAAUAGUGGCCACUAUAGAGGAAGGUUUAGUGGCCACUUCAGUGUCCUCUCCAAUUAGUCCUUGGCGAGCCUCUUAUAGUGCCACUGAAAAUUUUCCCAGUACUUAAAAAAUACAUGAAAUUUAUUUAUUAUUCAAAAAAGUCCAUUUUGUGAAAAUGUUUGGAUUCGAAUCGAUUCAGAUGCAUUCCGGUCCACCGAUGCCGAACGUUUUCCCUCAACAGUCGUCAAAUGGAUUCUCACCUGUACGUCUUUAAAAAGCGGACAGUCUUUAUUCAUGUUCUUUGAGGCUCCUCCACUCCAACAGCCGGUUCCGCAGUUCGCCGGUGGCCUUCCGGCUCGACCAGCAGCCGUUCCGCCGCCGCCACAGGCUUCUUCUGUCCCGACCCCGGGCGGUUUUCCGCAGCCAGGCCCUCCCCAGCCUUUCCCAGCACCUGUCCGGCCACAACAACAAGUUCAGCCUCAAUAUGGGGCUCCUGGUACAGCUUUUCUUGAUGUUUUUCAAGGCAAACGCGAUUUUCAGCGCCUCAUCAGCAGAAUUACGGAGUGACGCAGCAGCAGCCUCAACACAAUGUCCAGCAAAUGAACAAUCAGUACGGGCAAAUGGUAAAUUUAAUGAAUCUUAGUGGUGGAAAAAUGAUAAUAAGGAUAUUAACGAAGGGAUUGUAGGAAAAAAAUUCCAUUAAAAAAUAUUUUUCGCGGCUUUUUCCGAUAAAUCUUCGUUGUAGCGAUUUAGGAUGGUCAGUUUGACUUUUUAUUAAACUUUGAGACCCAUAAAAUUAAGCUUUAAAAAUCCAAAAAAAUUUGAUUCAAAAACAUUUUUUUCUUUGUUCUCGAAUCUUUUUUUAAACAUAAAUAAAAAAACAAAAGACUGAUUUUUUUCUUGAUUUUAAUUAUUUGUUCCGUAUUUUUUUAUCGUUUUUUUGAACACAUUUUGGGAUUUCCUUCGUCAUAUGUCAUUUCUGAUUGACCAUAAACUUAUUUUUGAGUGUUCGAAAAAAAUAAGAAAAAUUCAAUUAAUAAAAAAAGAAAAUGAGAUUUUUUUAAAGAACAUGGGCGGAGCUCCGGCUCAGCCAUAUCGAUCGGAUGUGAUCGAUUUGCUGGCCGAAAGAAAUGUCCAUCAGUUCGGCUGCGAUGACGUCGAGGUGACUCUGCCCCUCAACAUGGCGAAUCCCGAGGCCCGAGUUUCUCCCAAGUUUGUUUUUUUUUUUUUAAUUUGAGCGGGUAUAAGAAAGGAAAUUAGGGUUUAUUCAAUGAAGAUAUGUACUUUAAACAGAGAUAUUCGUGUAAUAUUAAAGAAAUAUCCGAAAGUUCGGAUUUUUUUCAUUGAUAGACUCUGGAAAAUAUAUAUUUCUCAAAAACCGGGCUUUGAAUCACAAUAAUCGUUUUGAAAACCUUCCUUUCAGAAAUAUAUUUUUCCUGAAACUGUAAAAUUGAUAAUUAUUGUAUAAAUAUUUUUUUUUGAAAUGAAAUCGCGUUUGAAAUGGCUCUUUGUUUCAGUUAGACACUUUAUACAACUUGUCUAUAAAAACUGAUCGAUUCUUAGAUAUGCAGGUGGCCACCCACCUACCGUAACCCGGCUACAGUAAGAGGGAAUAGCUCAAAAAGUUGCGUCUGCUUUUCUAAUGAUAGGUUAUCACACUGGAUGAAGUUUCAUCAGAAUAAAAAAAUAAAAUGUUUUUUGUGAGUUUUGAUUUUGAGAAUUAUAGAGAAAACGUGUUAAGCAGCUUUCUCUACUGCUUUUUGAUGUCUCCGCGCGUGUAUCGUUUAUAGUCGGGCGCGUUUUGAAGUAAUUUUGGUAGUUUUAAGUGCGACAAUUGUAAUGAAAUAUGAAGAUGUUUGAUAACUUUUUCAACCUUUUAUUUUUUUUUUUCAACGAUUAUAAGGUCGUUUUGACAUAAGAAAAAAGAAAUCAACCUUGAGAACUUUUGUUGAAAUCUCAUUCUGUCUGCGUUUUUCUGUUCCCUCACCCAGAGAAAUAUGAAAAUAGCACGUCAAAAUGAGAGGGUCGACGAGAAAAAAGGAGGGCGCAGAGAAAUCUCUGCCGUUUCAAGCUGUGGGGAAUGGACUAUAUAUUCGAAUUCCCUUGCCGGAUGUUUCUAAGACAUUUUCCUAAUUCCAGCGUGUUCCGAUGUACUGUCGGAAUGGUCCCCCAGUCGGAAGAAUUACUGAAGAAAAGUCGCCUUCCGUUGGCUGUCACUUUGCAUCCCUUCAGGGACAUUAAAGUUGGAUUAAAGUGCUGUUAGAAGAUAAAUUGGGAUUUUUCCAGAACCUGAACGUCAUCCAGACGGGCAACAUUGUCCGUUGCCGGUACUGCCGGACUUAUAUUAAUCCUUUCGUUUAUUUGCCGGACAAUCGCCAUUGGAAGUGCAACAUGUGCAAUCGGAACAACGAUUGUGGGUUUUUCUGUCUAUUUAAAAAAAAAAGGUAAAAAUCGUGGAAAAUGUUCAAGAAACCAGGUGAGAAGUUCUAGAAGAUUUUCGAGAUGCUAAAAAAAAAUUUCUUUUUUGAAAUAAAAAUAUAAACAAUAUGGUCCAAUAUUAUUGGAAAAAAAUUUAACAAAAAUGGUAUGAUAUUUUUUAAUUGAAAACUGGAAGCAGAUUUUUUUGGCAAUUUUCAUUUUUAUUUAGAAGUUUUAUAUGUAAUUGUGCAUUUUCUUCUCUUUUUUGAAAAAACACUCUUUUGCUGUUUCAGAACAUGGUUAUAAAAUGAAUAAAAAGGAAAAAUUUUACUAUUGUAGGCGUUCAAUGACGAGUUCAAAAAAGUUUCUCGAAGCUUUGUAUAGCAGAUCCACGGCUGGCUUGAGCCAUCGGAAAAAGGGUCCUGACACGAUAAAAAAAAAAGAGAUAGUGCCUGUUUGGUGGAGGGCGCAGACAGGCCACGCCCCUUUGGGUCCCAAGUUAGCUGUUAAUUGGCUAUAUUCCUGAAAUAAGUUCUCAGGAUCUUAAACUGAACAAACUCUUCGAGAAGCUCUUUUGAACUUCCUUUCGACUUUCUUGCUUUUUUUUUGAGAGCUUAUGGUUUUCAGUCGUUUUUUUGUUCAAAGUUACUAGGUUUUCUGUAAUUUUCAAAGCUCAAAACUUGUUAUAACUGUGAAAACGAUUGAAAUUUAACUUUCAGUAAUUUUUAAAUUCUUUGUUCAGCUGCUGAUUAGGAAACGCUUUUUAGCCCCGGUUGAACUUUUGAUAAAACUUUCUUCUUUUGUGCAAGAGUGUACUUUAGAACCUCCUGGUUCCAAAACAAGAUAAGGAUUUCUCGCAAUAUUUUUUCGAUUUAUGAAGCUUCUAGUUUUUUUUUGAAAAAUAUGACAAAUCAGCGUUUUUUUAAACUUCCGGGGGCUGAAAAGGCUAGAAAACGCUCCGGAGUAUUAACUUCACUCAAAUUCGAUUUUUGUUUUAUUCUUGAGUUCUUUUUUUUUUCAGUACCCGACGAUUUUUCAUGGGAUCCGUCGACAAAAUCUUUCGGAGACCCGAGAAUGAGGCCAGAAAUUCAAAAUUCAACGGUGGAAUUUGUGGCCCCGGCUGAAUAUAUGGUCAGUUUUAGGGGGAAUAUGGUUUGAAAUAUCAUUUUUUUUAGCUUCGAGAUCCUCAACCGGCUGUUUAUGUUUUCGUACUCGACGUCAGUGCUGCGGCGAUUCAUAGCGGUACAUUUUUUCCAAAUUCUGAUUUUUUUUGCUCGAUACUUUUAUAGUGAAGUAAACGUGUAAUGGGAGAUUUUUGUCAUUUUUCCAGGAUAUUUGCGAACUUUCGCCGAACAAUUGUUGAUUUGUCUCGACCAAAUGCCUGGCGAUGAUCGUGCUGUGGUCCGUUUUUUCCAGUUUUCAUGACUUUUCAAUACGUUUUGAAGUUUUUGAUUCGAUAAUUUUCAGAUUUCCUUCAUUGCCGUCGACGCCUGCCUUCAUUUCUUCACUUUCAAUGACCACGCCCGCUGUUUUUCCGAAAUGAUCAUCGAUGAUGUUAAUGGUAGAUUUUUCAAGUUUAUUAAAAAAACGAUUUUUGGCUAGAUAAAUGGAAAGAGAUGUUAGUUUUUUUGAGUUUUUUUCGAUUUUUUUUCAAAAAAAUAACUGCUUGAAAUAUUUCUCUUAUUAUAAACUUCUGUGGGUUUUUGAAAGUUUUAAAGUUUUUAAAUAUUGAUUUCUGAAGUUGGAUUUAAUUUUUUUAAUUAGAGAAGGAUGACAUUUUUUUAAAGGAAGUUGAAAAAAAGAAUAAUUCGUAAAAUUUUUGGCCCUAAAUUGUGCAAGUGGAACUCUUUAUUCAGCCUAAAAAGGUAACUCAAAAAUCUUUAAAAAUUUGAAUUUUUUUGAAGUUUCAAAUUGUUUUGGAAACGGGAUCUUGGUCUAUCUUUAUUUUUUUGAUUUUUGUAUCAAAAAAAAAAAAAAAUAAACGUUCAUAAUGCAGUUUUUCACAGUAAUUUUUGCGAAAGGCCUAAUUUUCUCGGGCUCUCCAAGAUUUUUUUCAUCUUUUUUUCUUUUCUCUGACAGCUAUUUCAAAUAUUUUGAAAUAAACGAAUUGAAAAAUUUUUGAAAGGAAAAAAAUUUUUCAAAAAAAUUUUUAAUUUUUCUCUUUUUCCAUCAUAGUUUUGGAUAUACAUAUUAUUUUUUUGGAAAUAGAAAGUCAUUCCAAAGUUUUUCAGAAGCGUUUCUGCCGACUGUCGGGGGAAUGUUGGUGAAUCUGAAGCGAGAAAAAAAGAUCCGAUCCGAUCUUUUUGUCACGAAAUUGCCCAAUAUUUUUCGCCUCGAUCAGCCCGACUUCCAAUGGAAAUUGUCUCGGCGCCGCGUUGACCAUCGCGCAGCAAAUGAUUGUAAUCAUUUUCGUGGAUAAAUAGUGGAAUUUGCAUUUUGAAGACUCAAAUCGGCGGUAGGAUAUCUGUCUUCCAAGCGUCUCUACCGAAUCUCGGUCCGGGGGCCUUGCAACCGAGAGACGAACCCAAAAUCACGGAGGUUUGUUGGGAAAAAAAGAGGAGGAAGGGGUUUCAAAACGAAAAAAAUUCCAGGGAAAAAUUGAAUUCUAUAUAUUUUAUCGGAAAUUUGGGAAUCAAAAAAAGUUAAUGUGAAAAAUAAUAUUUUUUUUGAAUUUAUUAAUAUCUUUUUCUACUGAAGAUGCUUUUCAAACGCGAAAUAGGGUUUAGUAAAGUUUGAAAUUCGUUCCAAAGUAAUCUUUUUUUCCUUUUUUUUAAAUGGGUUUUUGAAACAAGUUUUGUUUUUUUGAAAAAUUUUCAGUGAUUUUUUUAAAACUUCGUUAGUUUCAAUUUUUCAUAAUUUUUUUAUGGAAUUUUUCAUGAUCUUGGCGUUUUCACCACUCUAUCUCUAUCUCUACUCUAUUUAAGAGGCUUUUUUUAAGAUUAAAAAAAGUUUUGAACAUUAUUCGAAAUUUUUUUCUGAUGCAACAACUUGAAAUUUAUCAAGUUUCUGUUCAUCAACUAAAUUUUUUUCGACAUUUUUAAGCUCAAAAAAAAAACUCAAAAAAAUGUUUUCUUUUUUUGCCCCGGAACCACUAAAAAAACCCAAAUUUCAGUGAAUAAGGUGGAGUUUAUUACAUAAAACUACACGCGGAAAAAAUUAACAAGGAAUAUUAACAAGGAGUAUUCAAAAAGGGAAAAUAAUCAUUUGACGAGCUAAUUUUGAGAGUAUUUAAAAUUAUUAUCAAGAAAAGAAGUUCAGAACGUUCAAAACUUUGGUCCGGCCACCGAUUUCUAUAAAAACCUGUCGUUGGAAGGAACCGGGGUCCAGAUUUGCAUGGAUUUGUUCAUGUUCAACUCGGAAUACGCGGAUAUCGCCUCAAUUUGUGAGAAAAUAUCAAUUUUUUCAUUUAUUCCAUCGAAAUUUUCAGCUGAAAUCUCCAAGUUCUCCACAGGCUGCAUUUACACUUUCCCUAACUUUAGGUUCGCCGAAAAUGCUGUUCAGGUAACUGGAAAUAUUAAUAAAUAAGCAGAAUGGAUGUUUUUAUUCAAGGUGAAACGAUUCGAAUCGACUUUUGCGCGAUAUUUGACCAGAAGAAUCGGAUUCGAGGCCGUUUUGAGGAUACGUUGUACUAGAGGUAAUAAUUAAUAAAUUGUGUGUUUUGGAAAUUUUUUUGAACAGUACUGGGAAGAUCAUAUAUGUGAAAGACCAAAAAAAACUUCAAAAAAAAUUUCGAUAAAGGGAAAGGACAUAGAGUUUUAAGAUUAUUUUUUUCACCUCAAAAUCUUGAGAAUUCGAAUUUUCUUUUCGGGGAUCGUUACAAAAAUAUGAAAAGCUUUUUAAAAAUUUUAGAAUAAAGAAACUGAAGAAUUUUUCACGAGAUUCCGUGUUCAAAAUAAAUACCUCGAAAUUCAAAAAUUAUCUCUGAUUCUCCGAAAUUUAGUUAUCUUUCUCACUCUCUGAUGGUUAUUUGGAAUUUUUUUGGCUUCAAUUUUAAUGAAAAAUUUUUUUGAGAAAAAAUUGAUUUGAAGUUUUUUUGUACUUUUCGCGAUAACAUUCAAACGGAAACUCUUUUGAUUUUCCAUUUUUUCCUAUCCAUUUUAUUCCAUUUGAGGAGUGAGUCUGAGCGGAUUCCACGGCAACUUUUUCGUCCGAGCCCCGGAUUUGUUGGCCUUCGCCAAUUGUAAUCCGGAUUCGGCUUUGGCUGCCCAGGUUUCAGCUCUUUCCUGUUUCAGAACCUUUGAAAGAUUAUAUUUCUAGGUUACUUUGGAGGAAAAAUUGGCCGCGACUGUUUGUUUCCAAUCGGCCCUGUUGUACACGUCGAGUAAAGGUAAAGAUUUGGAACUUUUCUAAGUUUCAUAAUAAUUUUUGAAACUGGAUAGUUAUUGAUUUCCCAUAUUUCAAAGCAGCCUGACAGAAUGAAGUUUAAUGUCGAACAAAGACAUAUUUUGCAAAAAUAGGAACAAAGUUUAUUUUUCACAGUGACAAGUUUGUUCACAAAAUUAUUAUUCUGAAGAAGAAGCUGAUUUUUUUUUCAGUUCAUAGUUCGAAAAAUUUAAACUGACGUGGAUAUACACAGUUCAAUCGAAAAUGAAAUUUUCUCUUUAAAUUUCAAGAGUUUUUUGGGAAUUUUAAAGAAGUUAUUUCGCAUUGACAAUUUAGAAAAAAAAUAAUUUUUUUGAAGUUUCUUUUUCAAAUUUUCUAGCUGAAGUUUAUCAAGAAUCGAAGUCUUUUCAUAAGAAUUUUUGAAAGAUAAGUCAUUUCAGGAACAUUUUCUGUCGCCCAAAUCUUACGAGUUUCAAAAAAUCUUUGCCGAAACGGUUUAGAUCAUGACCAACUCGGUCAGACAAAAAUAAGAAAAAACUGUUUUUUGAUCACAACUUUCUUGCAGGGAGUUUUAUCGUUCUGAAACCUUAUGGAGUUGUGAUGACUGUUAUUUGUAACUUUCUGGUGGUACUUCAGUUCGCAGAAAAAAAUCAUCUUCAGAAAGUUUUAGAAAGACUGAACUCCAUACAAAAAAGUGGGGAGCAAACAUUUGAUUUUCGUUCCUUUUCUGGCGGUACUGUAUCCUUUCAUCGAAGUAUUAUUGUCUUAGGAGAUCGACGGAUUCGCGUCCACACGAUGUGCCUGCCGACAACCGGCGACCUCAUGCAGCUCUACAAUCAUUUCGACGUCAAAGCGACGGUUUCCUACUUGGCCAAGAUUGGUUCGAACUCGCGGCUUCUGAUGGCCUGCAACUGAAUCUCUCUUCAGGAAGUGAGAGAUCGAUGUUGGGCACGGCGUUGACCGAUUCCCGCGAGGCGAUCGUCAACGCGGUCGUCGACAGCCUCGGCGCCUAUCAGAAGGCCUUGUCCCGAGGCGGAGGUCUUCUGGUUCCCCGGUGUGGACAGCUCCGACUCUUCCCUACUUACGCUCUCGCCAUGCUUAAAUACGUCAGUUAUUCUUUUUGAUAGUUCAAAUAGAUCCAUUUUUCUCAAAUAACUUAUGAUACUUGAGGCACGUAAAGCAAAAAAAACAAAAUCAGAAAUCAAAAAAAAUUUCAAAGCUUAAAUUUUCACCUUUCUUUCUCAUUUUUGUAUAUUCAGCCCACUUUUUCGAAACACUAUUUAAAAAUAAGUUUUCAAAAAAUCGGUCUUUGCGCAGUUAGAAGAAUGUAUGUUCAUGAAAACCAAGGUUGUCCAAAAUCCCGUCUUUCUCAAAAAUUUCUCUUCCUUCACUCGUUUUUUUCUUUCUUGAAAGUUUUUUUUCCUUAACCUGCAUUCCUUUUCCCAAUCUUCACAACUUUCUCUCUUUUUUUGUGUUGAUUAUGAAGUUUUAGCGUUUAAUGUUAUUUUCUUUAUUGGAAGCCUUGAAAAAAUUCAUAGUUCCAUUUUAAAAAACGUGGUAAAAAAAACCUCGAAGCUUCACGCGAAAAAUGUUUUUUGUUUCAUCCCCUAUCUCUAACCAGGGGGUUUUGGUAAGUUUCAAUAAAUUAUCAAAAAAAAAGGUUUUUGCGCUGUAUUCCUUCUUAAUUUUUCGCAAUUUCUGCCUCCGUGCAACCUCGUUGGAACAUGAAUCAAUUAACAUUUUUAUUUUGAUUGUAGCGUUUUUUUUAUUCUUAAUAAUUUUAACGGUAUUUUUUAAUCAAUUCUCUAUCCUUUCAGGUCGCUUUCUCGGCAACGAGACACACGAAACUCGACGAAAGAGUCUCGGCGAUGCUGAUGAUCCGUUUCUCGCCCCUCGAACAAAUCAUUUCGGACAUUUAUCCGCGACUUUUCCGCUUGAAUGACUUGUUGCAGGUUAAAAUUUUCGGAUCAUGUAAAAAAUGACCAGUUUGAAAGAGCUCUGUGAAUUUUUUUCGAGAAGCUUAGCAGUUGUAGUCUCUGUGCCACGACUUGAAAUUUCACGGAACGACAUUCCGUUGUUCCGCUGCGUGCGUUCGCGGAGCGUCUUUCCAAUCUAGGUCACGCUUUCAAUUGAUUGUUAUUGCUGUGGGAGCUCAUGAAAGUAGAGCACCUUAUUGAAAGAAAAAAAAAAUUAAAAGGGCGACCAAGGUUCGCAAAGUCGCGCAGCGGCACAGCGGAAUGUCGUUUGGUGAAAUUCCAAGUCGUGGCACACAGGUUAUACCUUUGACUUAUGCCGUGUUCAAAGUAAUUUCCGCGAAAUGCAAAAUACCCGUUAGAGAAAGGAAAAGAUAACUAAAUUUUGGAGAGUCAGAGAUCAUUUUUCAUUUCGCGGAAAUUACUUUGAACACGGCAUUACUUUCCCAGCAAAGAAUUUUCAUUUUUCUUCUUUCCUCUCGCGCCAGACUAGGCACUUAUCUUCAGUGCCAUCCUCUAGGACCGAUUCAGAUCUUUCCGACGUACUUUUUAUAUUCCAGCCGCUGCAGAAGACGGUUGCCGACGACGGAUCAGAAGAAGAAGUCCAGCCUCAGGUCCUCCCGCUCACCUUCGAACACAUCCACCGCGACGGCGUCUACCUCAUGGAGGCCGGCUCGACCUUCUUCGUCUACGUCGGCGCCAACUCCGACCCUUCCUUCGUCCACAACCUCUUCGGAUGCGCCUAUGAGCAUAUCAAUGAGGUUUCCGAGAAAUCAUCUCUCAUCAAAUCGGAAUCUUCAGCAAUUCCUGCGCGAGCUCGACAACGAAAUCUCGCGACGCGUCCAUUCCUUCAUCAAAAACGUUCAAACUCAACGCUUCUUCCUCGGCCCCUUGAUUAUCAUCAAGUUGGUUUUUUUAUUGAUAAGAAUCCUAUUUAGGAAUUUUUCGAAGCAGAGUUUGGGUAAAGGAAGAAUGAGUAACUUUUGAAAAAAAUUUAUUUUUCAUGAAUUCAAAAAUAUAUAAACUUUUAAGCCUAAAAUUUUUGGACCUAGUGUUUUUUUUUUUCAAAUAUUAUGUAAAUCUUGAAAUUGUCGCUGUAGGAUCUCGAAAAACACAAAAAAGUAAAUUUGAAGGUUUUUUUGGAGAUAAGCUCAAUGUCUAAGAAUCAUCUAAGAGUCAGAAACCGAAAGGUCUAAGAAUGAUCUUUAUUUUUCUAGAAAAAAAACUUCUUUCUAUUUUUUUUUUUGAGAGUAUGAAGUUACAGAUUUUAUUGACAAGACUUAGAUUCCUUCGAAAAAAUGCAUCAAAAUGACAAAAAAAUUUCAGUUUUAUUCAAAAAUUUUUUUAAAUCAUGAAGAAAUGUUUGCUCUUAAGCAGGCAAAACUUUUUUCUGUUUCUUGGAUAUGCAUUUCUUUAAAGAACUGGGAAGCUCAUUUUAGCAAUAUUUUUAUACUCGUUUUCAAGAGACGUUACUUUAGAAAAUCAUAAAGACAUAGUUCAAAUGAUCAAUCUUCGAAAACGAAAGAAAUAUCUGCAGAGAGCACUCCCCACUGCGCGAACAGUUCAUCCGUCGACUGGUCGACGACCGAUCCGAAUCCACCCAUUCCUACGUCGAGUUCCUCCAGCACAUCAAGCGCGAAAUCAGCUCUUAA